AUGAAGGUUCCUGAGGAAGAUACAGAUUCCAAAGACCCUCACUACAUGAUAAAUGUUUCGGAUGGUAAUCCAGCAAAGAUUCUUCGACAUAAAGCUGUUAUGGAAGCGAGUUCACUCGAUAUGUCUCCAGAGGAAAGAAAUGAGUACAUGUCCCCUUUUAAAACCCUUUUCGGAACUGUCUUCAAAAAGGAGGUGCUAGAUCAAAGAAUGACGACAUUCACCACAUUCGGUAACGGCAAGCUUGCGAAAAAAGGUGAACAUAUGAAGGAAAUUCUCCCGGGCCUUAUCGAUCUCGACGUUGAUAACAUGGCGAAGGAACUUGGUGGGGUAUUACUUCGAGAAUGUGAAGCGAAGAAAAAUAGUCGGAAUAGAAUGAAGACAUCGAACAUCGAACUUAUAAAUACGCGAUAUGGAGACGGUAAAGCUUUCAGGAAUGGAAAGCGUUUUGUGUCAUGGCGAUUUAUGGUCCAUGAACUCCUGCUAUCGGAACACUUCAGAGAGCCCAUUUCGGUUGUGCGGCAACCGAUCUUGUACGGAUAUUUGGCGCUUGUCUUAGCGGGUAAGGAUCGGCAAGCGCAUUGGGAGGAGCUCUUGGAGGAGUUCUACGGAUAUCUCAAGGAAGAACUCAAAGAAGCCUAUCGCCAGUACUUCCCCAUCGGUGCUUUCAUGAUAGUGGCUGUGGUUGGACCAUUUUUCGAGAUGGUGUGUAAAACUUCCGACGAGGAGACCAAGAAGAAGGGUAUGGACAUUGUUAUGGAAAAAACUGAAAGAGCUCAAAAUGCAGUUUCAAUCCUUGCAGAGGUCAUGUCUUUGAAUUUGUAUACGCCUGCCGGCGGUCUCUAUGGCACUCAUGUCACUUGGGAGGACGUUGAGGAGGAUAUGCAACGAGAACUUGACACGGUCGCCACUUUUGGGCCCAACAAGACCGCUAAGGAUAUCGGAGACGGAAAUAUUCUCACUCAACUCGCCAUGCAAAAAAUCUCGGCUGAGAUGAGCGAAAUGCACAACUGCCACAAUGCCGAAGUAAGAACUUACAAUCAUCUGAUGAAGGUUCCUGAAGGAAAGAUACAGAUUCCAAAGAUCCUACUACAUGAAAAUGUUACGGAAUGGAAUCCAGUCAAAGGAUAUAUAAUCAUGGAGUAUCUGGAUAAUUUAAAAGCAGUACAUUUUUAUGAGAACGUUACCACAAAGGAGGUAAAGCAGAUUCUUCGACAUAAAGCUGUUAUGGAAGCGAGUUCACUCGAUAUGUCUCCAGAAGAGAGAAAUGAGUACAUUUCCCCUUUUAAAACCCUUUUCGGAACUGUCUUCAAAAAGGAGAAUGACGACAUUCACACCACAUUCGGUAACGGCAAGCUUGCGAAAAAAGGUGAACAUAUGAAGGAAAUUCCCGCGGGCCUUUAUCGUCUCGACGUUGAUAACAUGGCGGAGGAACUUGGAAUGGAAAACGUUUUGUGUCAUGGCGAUUUAUGGUCCAUGAACGUGCUGUGGAGGCAAAAUGGAGGUGCCCUCAACAUGGCUGCUAUUGUGGACUAUCAGAGAGCCCAUUUCGGUUGUGCGGCAACCGAUCUUGUACGGAUAUUUGGCGCUUGUCUAGCGGGUAAGGAUCGCAAGCUCAUUGGGAGGAACUCUUGGAAGAGUUUCUACGGAUAUCUCAAGGAAGAAGUGGGUGACAGAAAAAUGCCAUACACACUCGAGCAGCUCAAAGAAGCCUAUCGCCAGUACUUCCCCAUCGGUGCUUUCAUGAUAGUGGCUGUGGUUGGACCAUUUUUCGAGAUGGUGUGUAAAAAUUCCGACGAGGAGACCAAGAAGAAGGGUAUGGACAUUGUUAUGGAAAAAACUGAGUGCCUGAUGGACGACAUCGUCUAUUUUCACGACCGAAACAUUAAACUUCGGAAAGGAAAAGCAGGCUUCAUGUCGAAAAUGGUACUUGUCGAUCCAGAUUGGCAACACAAGGAUAAACAACUUCCGGAAAAAUUCGUGGUGAAGAUUCUCACUCAACUCGCCAUGCAAAAAGUCACGGCUGAGAUGAGCGAAAUGCACAACACUGAAAACUCGUUCAGUGAUCCAAAGUUCAAGGCACAAUUGGAGGCACUGCAGAAAAUUUGCCACAAUGCCGAAGUAAGAACUUACAAUCAUCUGAUGAAGGUUCCUGAAGGGAAGAUACAGAUUCCAAAGAUCUACUACAUGAAAAUGUUCACGGAAUGGAAUCCAGUACUGGAUCAAAUGAUGACGUUAUUCACCACAUUUGGUGAUGGCAAGCUUGCGAAAAAAGGUGAACAUUAUGAAGGAAAUCCUCCCGGACCUUGUCGAUCUCGACUGGGUUGA